GUGUGUCUGGUGGCAAUGGGAAAGUGAAAGAAGAACUGACAACUUUUUGCGACAUCGUGUUUUAAGUAAAUAUAAGCAGAUUUCAGGUCCUUUGCGACAGACGAGAAGAGAGGUCUGAAGAAGAGAACGAUAUUUGGAAGAAUGCCUAUAACCAGACAGAUUUUGCCCCCCAUUGACUACCAUUCUUCUUCAGUUUCUACAGGCAAAAAGUGCAAUAACUGCUUUUAUUAUAAAACAUUCACUGCAGAAAACAAGUUUUCAGUAUGGAGUCAGUAGGAGUGAAUGUGAUGGAAGCGGCCGCUCUUGGGAGACCAUUUCAGCUGGGUAUGCUUUACGACUGCAGGAAAGAUGCUCUGGUGCCAGGAAUCACAUUGUGGAAUCAAGAGAAGCUCCAGAAGAGUAUUCGAUCUCGUCCCCAAAUUAAUACAGAUUUUAAAGUUACAGCUUCAGACUCGAUUGACGAAAAAUCUCAUUUAUUGAACAUUGACGGCUCUUUGAAAUUGAGUCUGUUGGGUGGAUUGAUCAACGUGACCGGAGCAGCCAAAUAUCUCAAUGACACCAAGAAGUCUUUCAUUCAGCAGAGACUGACUUUACAUUAUCAUUCAACUACCAGAUUUGAAGAACUGACCAUGAACCAUUUAGCAUCUGAAAAUAUAGCUCAUCCUGAUGUGUUUGAUCGUGACACAGCGACACACGUGGUGACAGCAGUGCUGUAUGGAGCGGACGCCUGCUUUCUGUUUGACAGAGAGGUUUCUUCAGACGAGAACAAAACUACAGUAGAAGGAGAAGUGAAGGCAGCGUUUGACAAACUUAAAUUCAUUACAGUAGAUGUGAAGGCCAAUCUAAACAUGUCUGACGUUCAGAGGGAAGCAGUGGAUAAAUUCACUGUCACAUUCUAUGGUGAUAUUCAGUUACCAUCUAAUCCCACCUCUUUUGAAGAUGCUUUGAAGGUUUUCGCUGAUCUUCCAAAACUGUUGGGAGGAAACAGAGAUCUUGCGGUCCCGCUGAGAGUUUGGCUGUAUCCUCUAAACAAACUUCACUCAAGAGCUUCAAAACUUCUGAAAGAAAUCAGCCUUGAUCUAAUCAGUGAAUUAGAAUCAAUAUUAGAGAGUUUAAAUACAACUGAGAUCAAAUGCUGUGAUCUUCUGAGAGAUUCACCUGCUUUAGCUUUACCUGAAUUUCAUAAUCAAAUAAAAGACAUGAAGAAGAACUGUAACACGUACAAGACGAGACUCAUGAAGAAACUUGGUUCUCUGUUGCCUCAAAUCCGUGGAGAUCAAAUAGAAGACUCUGCACUGAAUGAUCUUCUGAAUGAUCAUGAUAAAUCUCCAUUCAGAGAAAGAGACCUGUCAGAAUGGCUGAAGGAGAGAGAGAGAGAGUCAAAGGUCAUGAAAACAUUACUCAGACAGCUGAAGGAUUCUGGUGCGACGGUAGAAGACAACCUACAGGCAAUCUUGAUGGAUCUAAACAUUGGAACUGUGGUUAGUUACACGUUCACAUCAUUGGACUGGUCAGAUGUGCUUCUUCCUAAACAAAAGGCUUAUCUGGGAUCUUCAAGAAGUGGAAACUCCAAUGACCCUGAGUCUGAGAAGAACUUGUCUUGGCUCACUCCUGCCAUCCACAAGACUAUGAGGAAUAACCUGGAUAUAUUUAAGAAAUUAAUUGAUUUAAAAAAACAUGAACCAGUAAAGUUUGUUGUGUCGUCAAAACAAAUGAAGAAUCAUCCAGGUUCCUGCGUUCUCCUGUAUGAAGAUGGAUGUGUUGAAGGUGUUUGCCUUGUUAAUCCAUCCAAACCAGAUCCUCCAAAAGCAGAGGUCAAAGAUGACAGUGUGAUUAUAAAUGUGGCACACUCAACAUGUCCCGCUACAGAGGAACUAAAGUUACUGUACAAAAUGAAGGAUGAUCAGGACUGGACAUCUCAACCCGUGCUGAAGAGCCAAAAUACUGUAACACUGACUGAUCUGAGAGCAGGCACAGAGUAUGAGAUUAAAUGUGCAGCGGUUGGGAAACUCAGUUACACCACUGAAUCAGAUGUCAUCACUGUUAUCAAGAGUCACCAGACCCAUUCAGCGAGGAGCAACUCUUCAGUUCCUUAUGGAUUGACAAAUCAAGGAAUGACAUGCUACUUGAAUAUUGUUCUGCAGACACUUUUCAUGACAAUAAAAUAUAGAAAACAACUGCUGAGCCUGAAAAAAGAUGUCACUGGUGCACCCCCAGAGGAAGACAUCUCAAAGACACUGGCUGAAUUCUUCAAGGAACUUGAGGAUAAACGACCAUACAUUGACACAAGAAAGAUCAUACAGGCUAUGCACAUCACAAAUGUUCAUGAGCAGCAUGAUGCAGCAGAAUACCUGCAGAUGAUAUUGCACAAAACUCCUGAGCCAUCAAAGGUUUUUAAGGGUAUCGUGGAAACUACUACAACAUGCUUUACUUGCAAUAAUGCAAAUAGGGCAAGAACAGAGUUUCUGUCUAUACCCUUGUCAACUGAUGACAAAGGGAAGAAUGAUGUGAACAGAGCUUUGUUAGAGUACCAGGAAGUCCAUAUGAUGUGUGGAGAUGAUCAACUUUACUGUGUUGAAUGUGACUCACUGAGGGACAUGGAAACUGCAAACAUCAUUAUAGAAUGGCCAGAUAUUUUGAUUCUGCAGCUGAAAAGAUUUGAGGUCUUCGACUCCUGGUCAAGAGUUCCUUAUCGGAAAAAUGAAUAUAAAGAUGAUCUUGAGAUUAAUUCUCAGAAGUAUGAGCUGUAUGUCAUCAUCAACCACCGCGGCUCACACAGUGGCGGUCAUUAUGAUGCAUUAAUUAAAGACGAGACUGAAAACUGGUAUCAUUGCGAUGAUAAAAGAGUUGUAAAGUGUUCUUCAAAAACCAACAAGCUGUUUGAGGACAGAUGUAUGUCAGCAUAUCUGCUGUUUUACAGAAGACAUGAAGAAGAUGAAGAGCCAAAGAAGCAAACUGUCACUACAGAUGGCAAAAGAGAGAACAAUCAGAAACCAAACAAGAUGAAGACGACACCUGAAGAGCAGGAUAUGUGCUCCAGAAUAUCCGGAUCAUCUAGACCUGCCAAAAUCUUGGAUGAGGUAGAGGCUUGGCGGAGCUCAGGGAGUGAUGCCAUCCUGCCCAAGGCGACCAAGGACCUACAUGACCUGAGCCCUGAGCAGCUGGAUGAACACUUGAUACAGUUGAUGACCCAGAGCUACAACCAAAAGGAGCUGGUCGAGGUCUACCGGGCCCUCGCCCUCAACCUCAUCGUCCGGUUGAAGCAGAAAGAUGGAAACGUCACCCUCCUCGAGCAACAGACAGAAGCAUCAAAGCUUCCGGAUCAGGAGGCUUGUAGGAGCCAGGUGCAUGAACGUAUCCAGCCAAUCUUGAACAGACCUACCAGCCAAGCACCAUACAAGAAAUUGGGAGCUCGUAGCCCAUCUACCGCCAGGGUCCAAGAGUCACUGAGGUCCUUGACAAGCCAGCAAGAAACAUGCUGUUACCCCACAAGGGACAUUCCUGCCAGAAUGGAGGGGCGUGACUUCACUUGUGCUCGACCCAAUCCUCCAUCAGGAUCAGGAUCCAUCAAUAGGCAAUAUACCAAGGCAGGCUCGUCGGACAACCCAAGGUCCAGUGUUGCAUUUGAACAUAGUCCCCAACCUAGGAGACACCAACCCGAACCGUCACCAGAUCAAUACACCACAAGACCCCCGUGUCAAGAUCAAGCCUCCAGAGCAGGACAAUUCAGGGACCAUAAAGGAGCUGGGUCAAAAAGGCCUAACAAGCUUAACAAAAAGUAUAAGCCAGGCUACUUGUAAGUAUGAGUGGCUGAAAUCAACAAACCUUCCGGAUGCCCUCCUCCUAAAGACAAUUGCCAGAUCACUGCCCACGGCCCCAAAAUCUCUGAGCCAACCUCCCUGACACCAAAAGACUUAGAAGCCCAAAAUGCGCCGAUCUCCCAGAACAAGCCAAUACAGUUCAGUCCAUCGUCGAUCAAGUAGAUCAGGGACUUCACUCUGCACCCUACAACCAGCUGAGGACCCAGACAUUCCCUUUGUUGUCAAGAGCACACGAUUCCCAUUGGACUCCCACCUGUCAGUGGCAUCUGCACUUUCAACUUGAAAUGGAAUAGCCGGUCCUUAACCCACUACUUCCUUGUUCUUCAGGACUCGCCACAUGAUAUCCAUAUUGGGGCAGACAUCCUAGUUCGUCCCCCAGCUCAAAUAGACACUAUUAAUGAUGUGGUGUGGGGCCCAUUGACUUCACAACCCCUUGUGGGCCCUGUCAACCACAUACACCUUGCAACAGGUCAGACCAUCCCAGAAGUCUGUACCCUGGUGAAUGAACUUACAACUGCAGCUCAACAUGCGGUGUGGCAAAACCCUCAACCACACACUAGCCUACUUCCAGCCAUCAGUGGAAUGUGUGGAGCUUGGCCUCACACUGGAAGCCACACCCCUCUCUAAAGUUACAUCCCGUGCAGUUUACAUCCUGUUCAAUUACUGCACAGCUACACCUAUUAAACUUCCUAAGGACUACCGUGUUGAAUGGUUAAUGAGGCAAGAUUUCCAUGAUUUUGAAUUCACCAUACCAGUCAUUGGUCCCAUCCCACCGGGGGAGUUUAGAUAACACAGCUUUCACAGCACCCUUCCAGAUGAUCUACAUCACCUCUGUCAUGCCAAUGGCCAAAGAACAGGUGUUCAGGACCAAACUGACCAAAGACUAUCUUUCAGUGUACACUGUCUGUAGCCAACCCAUCUUGAAGUAGAUGGAAUCAUCCCUCCUGUAACGGUCAACAAGACAGAUGACGCAACGAUGGAGGAGCCUUACCCGGGAUUAGAGGCACAAGUUCAACAAAUCCUGAAGGAUGCAGAUGCCAUACAGGACGGAGAAGGCCUUCGAAAACUUCAACAAGUACAAAGCGUCAUUUGAAAAAGACUCUUAAGAUUGUCGCCCCACUAACCUUCAUAUGGUACGAAUUCCCUCGCACACAAAUGCUCCCCCCAGAUUCGUCCGGCAGUACAAAAUCCCCACUGCUUCAAAUGAGCCAGAACAGGAGAUCGUCGACUCUAUGCUGGAAAAGGUGUCAUCCGGCCCUGCAACACCCACUUCUCAGCACCCAUCUGGCCCGUCCUUUAACCCAAUGGCAAGUGGUGACCAAUAAUUGACUACAGAAAACUAAAUCAACAUUUGUCACAAUGGCAGAUGACUCAGCUGGAACAAUAGAUCCCCAGGAUAAGGGGAGCUCUUAUCUUCUGUACGCUUGAUGUAGCCUCAGGUUUCUGGACUGUACCGGUGCACACGGAAGAUCAACACAAAAUGGCCUUCACCUUUGGAAACCGAAACACCUUCACACGGUGCCUCUGUGGUUAUGCCAACUCACAAGCCGAAUUCAACAUUUUCCAACAAAGCGUGCCCAGAUGCCAGAGUGAGAGUCAACCUCAUCUACGAAGAUGACAUCCUCAUGGAGAGUACGACAUGUUGCCGACCACCUAAAGGAGAUAGACAUCGUCCUGGACCAACUGAGCAAUGGACUUGCUGCAUGUCAUAGCUGCUCUGAUGCCACACCAACUACAAUGUUGGAGACAGAGGAAACCCAGCUGCAAUAAUUCACCUGUCACAGGUACUUUGAAGAAAAUGUAUGCCAAGGCAUGCCAACGGUCUACGUCAAUGGAUACUCAUACAACCACCAGGGUACCCUAAAGGCUGGAGAAGGUAUAUUGUGGGUAAAAGCUUUCCUGUAGCUCAGUGGUAAGAGCAUUGCGUUAACAAUGCAAGGUUGUGAGUUCGAUCCCACAGAAUUGCAAAUACCUAUGUAAAAUGUAUAGGAUAAACCAAUGUAAUUCGCUUUGGAUAAAAGCGUCUGCCAAAUGCCUAAAUGUAAAUGUCAAAUGCCUAAAUGUAAACAACAAACCUUGCCCACCCAAACACUUCAACCUGGGACCACAGUCAUCACAGUGGGCGGAAUUGGCAGCCAUCCUGAUCACCUGCCAGAUUGCCUAAACUCACAGCAUCAAAUAACUCCUUAUCUACACGGACUCAAACUACGCCAGACAGAAGAGCCAUCUUCACAUGCCAUCUCCCUGGCUGGACACAAAAUGGUUUCAGAACUCCUUAUGUAAGGCAGUUGGAAAAGUCCUAAGAACUAAGGUCGUUUGUGAUGCUUGGACACCAAACAAUAAAACCCCAUUUGUUGCUAGAUCCUGAGGAACGAUAUCCUCUCCUCCCCUCAGGGGUUGUUGAUGCCCAAGAACUGAACCAAAUAUUCCUAUCACACCUCUCCCCUUCAUCUCUUCAGGCCCGGAUCACCGGGGAAAUGCUUAUACAUUUCAUACUGUGCAUAUCAUAUAUUGUCAUAGUAUGAAGUUUUGAUGAUUCAUGUUUGGUAUUGUUUUAAAGGUUAUGGUGCGAUGGGUAAAAAACUUUCAAACUUAACAAAGAGUAUAUUAGAGCUUUACAACUCUAGGACAUAACCUGCACUCCUCUAAGAGGUGUGAUUUUCUCAUCAAAUCCUGUUUACAGAUAGAUUGAGAUCUCAUUUGAUGCUUUCUUCAGUUACGAGAAAAUUGAAUGAUCUACCUGCUUAUACAAGAUCAGCAGAUUCUACAUUUACAUUUACAUUUAGUCAUUUAGCAGACGCUUUUAUCCAAAGGGACUUACAAGUGGGGUAGGUAAUGGAAGCAAUUAGGACAGCAUAAGUACAACAAUAGCAUAAGUGCAAUUAAAAUGAAGACUAGUCUCAUAUAGCCUAACACAAUAUACGUAACCAUUCACUCAUUCAUA